AUGCCUGGCUCAUUCUCGAGGUCCAAAGCCAGUGCAAUACCGGCCAGCCUACCUCUUACCCUGGCCAGGACGUCAAGAAGAACUUUUGCAUCUAUCACUUUGGAUCAUGACCUAAAAUAUAAUUCCCAAUCGCGUUCUUCAACAUCGACGUCGUCGUUGGCCAAACCGAUUCAGAUAGACCAAGUACGCCAGCCCAGGUCGCUCCAGGCUCUCCAUCUCAAACCUUUGAAGCGGGAGGCUGAAUUUGGAAUACCAUCAUGCGACCUACAGUUGCGCUCAUUCAGCGUCCAGCCACUCGAGUUUUUCUCCGACUUUGCGUUGCGAGCGGCCUACUAUCUUGGAUUACCAGCCUACGGGCCCAUUCCGCUGCCAAGGAUUACGGAACGAUGGACCGUGCCCAAAAGUCAUUUUAUUUUCAAAAAGGCACAAGAAAAUUUUGAACGGGUUACUCUACGUCGUAUGAUCCAAAUCAGGGAUGGAAACCCGGAAACAGUGCAGCUUUGGCUAGCAUACCUAAGGAGGCAUCAGUUUUAUGGCGUGGGAAUGAAGGCUAAUGCAUGGGAGUUCAGUCAGCCAGGUCUCGACCCCUCUCAAAACAUGCGAGAUGAGCAACUGGAUCAGCUUGGCGACGUCUGGUCACAAUUGGGUCAAAUAGGUGACUUGGGCAGUCCGGAAAAGGUGGAAGAUCUACUGAAUAGUCGUCGCUUCAAGGAUGCGGCUGGGUUAAGGCAACCACUGGCUACAAAUAAAUAA